CCUUCUUCCUUCUCUCCCAAAUCAGACUUCUCGAAAAUUGAGUUCAAUUUCUUCUGCGGCCGCCUCCACCUCGAUCAGCGCGGACCGAGGAGACCCCCCGGGAAAGAGAGCCCAUGGCUUCCUCUGCCCCGGGGAGAGCAGGAAGAAGGGUGAUCUCACUUGCGGCGGUGGCAGCGGCUGUUUUGCUAAUGGUACUUGCUGGGGCGGAGCCGGCGGCGGCGUGCUACCUGCGCUUGUUCAGCUUCGGGGACUCGCUGGCCGACACGGGCAACUUCCCCUUCUACUACGGCAAUAACUCCGGCGAGCCCGCGCUCCGGCCGCCCUACGGCGAGACAUUCUUCCGCCGCGCCACCGGGCGCUUCUCCAACGGCCGCCUCAUCCUCGACUUCAUCGCGGACACGAUGAGGCUCCCGUUCGCGCGGCCGUAUCUGAGCGGGCGGCGCGCGGAGGACUUCGCGUGCGGGGCCAACUUCGCGGUGGGCGGCGCCACGGCGCUCGGCCCGGACUUCUUCCGCGACAGGGGUUUCAACAUCGGCGACGGGAGGGUGCACCUCGACUUGGAGAUGAAGUGGUUCCGCGACCUGCUCGACCUCCUCUGCCCCGGAGGCCGCUCCGGUUGCUCAGACAUGAUGAGCCAAUCCCUUUUCUUGGUUGGAGAAAUUGGGGGCAAUGAUUACAACCUACCUCUUCUCUCCAGAGUACCGAUUGAGAAGAUCCGCUCCUUCACACCAAGUGUUGUUGCCAAAAUUUCUUCUACAAUUACCGAAUUGAUUGGGGUAGGAGCAAAGACUCUGGUGGUUCCAGGGAACCUCCCAAUUGGCUGUGUCCCAAGAUAUCUAUCGAUUUUCAAGAGUGAUAACAAAGAAGAUUAUGAGCCAGAGAGUGGUUGCCUCAGGUGGAUGAACGAGUUCUCAGAGUACCACAACAAGCUUCUUGUGGAGGAGCUGGAGAAGCUGCGCAAAGUUCAUCCUGAUGUAUCUAUCAUCUACGCUGACUAUUAUGGAGCUGCAAUGGAAAUUUUCCUUUCCCCUGAACGAUUUGGUAUCGAGGAACCUUUGGUGGCUUGCUGCGGCGGAGAAGGAACCUAUGGUGUGUCUCCAGCUGUAGCCUGUGGAUAUGGGGAAUACAAGGUGUGUGAUAACCCAGAUAAGUAUGGCUCAUGGGAUGGUUUCCAUCCAUCGGAAGCUGCAUACAAGGCCAUUGCAAUGGGCCUCCUUAGAGGAACAUACACACAACCGUCAAUUGCUUCCACCACCAGUUCGUGUCCAAAGCUUACUGAGCUGACCUCCUCUGUUGGAUACAAGAGCCGCGAUAUUGUACUGCACUUCACAGCUGUUGCCCAAGUAAUUGGUUGGGUCUUGUUUCACCUUUUGUUUUGUUAGUCACAGUUUACCAUUGUUCUUUUACUGCUGCUCAAGUUGUCUUCUUUGUCGUUUUAGAUUUGAUAUAUGUAGUACUGAACUACUAGCACUAAGCGUCCUCGCUUCUGUAUAGAGCUAGAGCUAGCCGUUAUAAGGGGAGUAUUUAACAACUUGCUAUCCUGAUUGGAUGAGUGGUGAACAAUUUGCCAUUGUCAGUUAUUCACAUAACCCAUUAUUAUAAGGAAAGGGUACAAAUUAUUUGAUCAUCUUGGCUGGUUCAGUGGAGAUGUUGUCUAUUUCCUCCUUCCCUAAAUUUAUGAGUUUGUUAUAGUCAAACUAGCCUAUGUUUGACCAAAUUUAUAUAACAAUAAUAUUAACAACAAACUUACUUAUUUGAUGCAGUAGAUGCCAGUAUUAUUCUUUAUUUAAUUGAUUGAACCUAGGAUAGUUUGACUUAGGUUAGAAUCAGAAAGAAGUACUUGUAUCUAAGUAUGACGUUGCUUAUUUUCUUGUAAGUGACAAGGAAAAGUCUAUUCACAGUUGCACACUAAUGAUUUUUUAUGAGGCAGCUAUGAAGAAAGUUUCGCACAUGUCCAUGACCAUGCCGGGGCGUCCUCCUUUCUGUCGUAAUCGAUUAUUAGUUAUGUUGAUAAUUAGACCCAUCACUAAUAAAAGCAUGGUUGUUUUGCUCUAUUCCAAUUCCAUCCAAAGUUCCGCUCAAAACAACCUGGAUUUCCUUCUACCUUAUCACAUUAAUCUGAACCCCAAAAACAAAUAUUUCUCUCCAUCUAUUCUCAGGCACUAAUUUGUUUGGUGAUGAUUUACACAUGAAGGUAUGCAUCUCAUAAUUUUUGCUUUUCUUAGUUUGAAAUUAUACUAUAUACUGCUUCUACUUUCUUAUCCGAUCUAACACUUGUACCUAUACAUUGCAAUAAUCCAACAGUAGUGAUACUCUGAUUCUAUUGGAGGGAUCCCUCUAUUGGAAUGCUUCUCAACCAAUCCAAUAUCUUUGCUACUAUAUCUACUUCCAUUGCAAUGUCCAGUAAUUUAACAUCCAAUGACGUACAAGAAGAAAAUAUUGAGAAUGACAAUGAAUUUGCUACUGAGGAGAUUGAAGAUGAUUGUGAUAACCAAGUUGCAGAGGCAGACUUGGUACCCGCUGAGCCAAAGAAGGGAAUGAUUUUUGCACUAUAGAUGAUACUUUUACCUUCUACAAGAGAUAUGCUAAAAUGAAGGGUUUCACUACUUACAAGAAGAAUCUCCUGAAUUGCUCAUGAUGAAAAGGUUAUGCGAUACUUUACGCUCGCCUGCAACAGACAAUGCAAAGGUUCAGUACUCAAAAUAUACAUUCAAGCCCAAUCCGGCAAUUCCCCUGCAGGAAUAGAGGUGUAAAACAGAGGAAAUGAAUUAGCUCGUGUGUGCAGUGUGCUAAAACCCUGUAUUUUUCUCCCUUCUAGUAUCCAUGUCAUUCCUCAGCAAAUAACAUUGAUUCAAGGAAGGUGACGAACAAAACUAAUUAGAUUAGUCUAAUUUAUUCUCCGGCCUAAACGAAAGAUGUUGAUCACUAUAGAUAUAUAUUUACCGAAAGCUGUGAAAAGCUUUUUAGCCACCACUCGAGUGAACGUAAACUUUUUGUAAUUCUUACAGUUCGUACAGUGGAACCUGAACCUUAGUAUGUUGCCAAAUAUUCAGUUUCUAAUUCAA